AUGUCGAAACGAGCCGCGUCUUCAUCCUUCACCACCCCCGCUACUUGCCAAAGCAAGCGCACCAAAGCUGGUCCCUCCACGGCCAAGUCCAAGCGUCCACCCUCGCCUCCCACCUCAACUUGCUCAUCAGGACCUAUUCAAGUUGCGCGUCUAUCAUCCACACAUCCGGAAUGGCCAGCUCCAGCGGCCCGCAUGGAAGAAGCAACCUCAUUCCUGCAUACCCUCGCUGCGUCUCCAGCCAGCGACCGAAUCCUCCUUGUCCCCGACAAAGACGCCGACGGACUCUGUUCAGGCGUCAUCAUGUACCGCACCCUCGUCCACGCUCUCGGCGUCUCCCCCGACCGAAUCGAUAUCCAUCUUAUGACCAAAGGUAGCAACCCUUCCGCCGAUGCCCAACGCGAAGCAAUGACAGCAUACAACCCAAAAUGGAUCAUUGUUCUCGACCAAGGCUCCCGCAACGGCCCGGCUCUCGUCCCUGGUGCAGAGCACGGUUGGAAAUCCGAUCGAGAAGAUGCAAUUCGGACAAUGGUAGUCGAUCAUCACUGGCUAGCAGAAGCAAGUUCAGGGCCGGAAGGAUGUCUUGUGCUCAACGCAUGUCAUCAUAAACCCGUCGCUACAGCCUCUCUUCUAACAUGGGUUUUAUGCCGACCUCUAUGGUCAUCCCAUGCCUCGGCUUCAUUGUCGGCAGAAACAUUGAUAGACUACGUAGCAGUACUAGGAACAAUGGGAGAUCUCAGCGUAAACGUUUCAUGGGAUCCACCUUUUCCCGAUCUCACGCCAGAAGUUAAAAAAUGGACCAAAAAACGUCUGGGUUCCGCAAUCGCCCUGCUCAACGCACCCCGCCGAACGCCGGCCUUUGACGUUAUCACUGCUUGGUCUGCUCUCCUUUCCUCCACCUCGCCUCUUACCAUCCUCGAUCCUGCAACGAACAGGCAGGCAGCGCGCUUAUAUGAAGCACGAGAUGCAGUAAGGAUCGAGACGGAACGCUGUACCCACACGCCUCCCAAAUUCGCCAAAGAUGGCCGAGUAGCCUUACUCAGCAUCACUUCAGCCUACCAAGUCCAUCCUUCUAUCGCAAUACGCUGGUCAGGUGCACUUAAGAGCAGGAAUUUGCAGGUUGUCAUGUGUGCUAAUGAUGCGUAUAACCAAGGGUUGGUGAAUUUCAGCUGUCGUAUUGCACAAGUCGCUAAAAAGCGUGGUGAAGAGGUGGAUAUUAUUCAACUCCUUAAUAGCUAUGCCGAUCGAGAUGAGCACUGGAAGAGCCAGCUGAUGCAGGCACUGGGUGGCAAUCUGUUUAAUGGUCAUCCUCAGGCGAGCGGUGGAAUCUUUCCAAAGGAACAUUGGGUUAAGUUUAUCCAGUUAAUGCAAAUCGGCUUGUCUCCUGAUAACUCGGAAAGAGAUCAAGGCACAGGUCGAGGCAAGAAUAGCUUUCCCGUGCAAAAAAAUAAUUUGUUGACAAUGGGCUUCUCUACUUUACCCAAAACCUCCGCCAAGAAACAAAGAUUUAGCACCGACACAGUACAAUCUGAGUGA